ACUCUAACUACACGCUGUGUAAAGAAGUGCUUCCUCAAAUUUGUUUUAAAAUGUUCUCCCGCUAAUUUCCAUCUGUUAAAUCUGUUAAGUUACCAUAGAAAUAUCAACAGACAGACACUGAAAACCAAUGAAAAUUAUGCUGAAAGAAUAACUGCUUAUUUAUGAGUAAAAAUCAUGUAGGUUUUUAUAUUAACAUAUCUAAUACAUCAUGAAAACGCAUUAAUAUAGAACUGCUACUAGGCUACCGGAACUACCUGUGUAAAAUCAGCACCGCGUGACAUCUCUGGAUCAAUAAGAAAAAAAUAUUUACCAAAGCCGUGGUAUAAAUCUCAAUAUUUUACUAGUUACCGGAAGGUUCAGAAAGAACUUUUUUGUGCACUGUUUUGUGCCCCUAAUGAACUGUAUUAAUUAGCAUUCUAUCAUCUUACCUCCAGAGCUCUGGGUGCUUGUAACAAUGUGUGCGAAGCUUGUAUGUUUUCCCUGUGGGUUUUCUUCCACAGACAGUUUAGGUGAACUGGUGUUUCUACAAUGACCUGGCAUCCCAUCUAGAGCAGUCUGUGCAUUGUGCCUUGAGCUUCCAUAACUCUGCACUGGAUAAGUAGUUAUGAAAAAAUGCUGGAAGGAUUAUUUGUCUGAAGAAAUUGACUUUUUGCCUAUAACCGCUGUGUCUGUGCUUCCAGUCCCAGCCAUCAGUGUGAAGAUUGUAUCCAAACAGAAAGAGGUGCGCAGUGGGCAGGAGCUGACCUUGGAAUGCAUCACAGGCAGCAGCAACCCCAAGGCAAACAUCUCUUGGAACCUUGGACCUCAGAAGCUGAAUGGGGUGGACCAGGCCCUCACCAAGGCUGAAUAUGGGGGUGUAUCUGUACGCAGUGUACUGUCGCUUCUACUCUACUCCCACCAUAACGGCUUAAGGGUCACCUGUCAGGCCUUCAGCGUCCUUUUGUCUGAAGAGGUUAACACGUUCUACAAGCUCACUGUGCUUUACCCCCCUGAAUUUGACCCAAACCAGCCUAUACUAUUCCAAGCAAAGGAGGAUGAUGCAAUACACCUGCCACUGAUGGUCUCUGCCAAUCCACAUGAUAUUGACUGUGUCUGGACCUUUCUGAGCAAGGAGCUGCUGAAAGGUAGGAAGUAGGGGUGUAACAAGAUCUUAUGUCAUGAGAUCUCGCGAUAUUACAACAUGACGAGAUUUCUCGUCGGAGUGAAAAGCGGUCUCGAGAAGGCGCUGCAAAUCAGGUGCUGUAGGCAUGCCGGCGUCUGAAGAAAUUACCAUAGUAGAUUCCCCAGACACCUUUAAUCCUUUUGUGUGGCAGCAUUUUGGGUAUCCGGUGGAAAAAAUAAACGGCGAAAGGGUGACAGACAAAAUAUGAACCAUCUGUAAGCACUGUAGGAAAAUAAUGCCGUACACAGCGGCUAACACUACUACUAUGCAAAGCCAUUUUCAGCACCAUCAUAGCUCUUUACUUAAAUCCACUGCACCAGU